GUGCUGAAAACUAAAGACUUGGUUCAAUUUGCCUUGACUGAUUUAGUUGUUCAUGAUCUAGUUCAAGAAGAGAUUAUAUUGCGAAAACUAUUUGAAGAUAGUAAAAGUUUAUCUAGCAGUAUUAUUGUAAUUGGAGUAGUAUCAGGCACACAAGCAAAUGCUAAUAUGCAAACUUGGUUCUAUUUUGUUAAAUAA